CCAUGCCUCCUUUCUCUCUUGCUCGUCAACAUUUGUCUCGUAAUUGUGCUUUAGGCAUCACAGACGAUAUAAAACAUGGCUACCAAUUUUCGCACCGAAUGUUAAAGUCCUCAAAAUGUUUGAAUAUAUAGGCCAUUGUCAUAAUUUGUGACACCUAAAUGGAAAUUUUAUUAUGGUGUUUUUUAUUCAGAUAAUGGAUUUUAAUUUGAUUGCUACUUCUGCACCGUUUCCUUGCAGCAAGGAAAAUGAAACAAGUGAAGUCAUUGUCAGUGGGUCUAAUCGGACAGGUCGAGGGGUCGCAGAGACUGCCCACCAUCAGGUCACUCAUGUUAUCUGACUAUGGACUAGAAGAACUUCCUACUGAUGUUCUUAAGCACAUGAAAACCCUCAAAGUCCUUGACCUUUCAUGCAACAACCUGACAACCUUUCCAGAUGUGACCUUGAAGACCCUGGAGACCUUGGAUAUCUCAGAAAACAACAUUAAGUCUGUGGACUUUGUCAGAAAUCUCCCAAGUCUCAGGCAUCUAAUGUUGGAAGGAAACCCAAACAUUCAGGACAACCACAUGAUUGAAGCAGUCCUUAAAUGCCCCAGCCUAAUGAAGAUUGAUAAACACAAUGUCGACUACAUUCACAGACAGAUCCAAAACUUCAGGGAGAAAUGGCUGCCUCAGGUGCAAGCGAAGUUUGAGGUGCUUUUUGAGGACAGAUUUACUGAGGAGAUGUCUGAGGACCAGUUUCUGCAGGCAGUGACAGAAUUCCAGGAUGUCAUCCGAGCAGACUCACUGUUCUCAAGUGCCAACUCAGAGGCUGAGAAAAUUGUUAUUGAUAAGCUUGCGAAGGAGAUAGCUGAAGAUGCUAGGUCAGGAGAACUCUUCUCCACCCAUCAACAGGCCCCAGGAACACCAAGAAGUGUCCGAUUAUCCAGAAAACUCAGCUGCAACACACCCAAAACUCCAAGUUCAACAUCUACCACACCAAAAAGGAACAGAAGGAGUAUGACCUCAGUACUGGACUCCCCCACCCUGAAGAUGCCUGAAUCUCCGAUAUCCCCCAUCAGUACCCCAAACAAACGGAAGAGGCGACGAGACAGUGAUGAGGAAUCUGGUGUACAGAAAUCAAAACGAGACAGGAAGUACUCCCCACUGACAUGGAUGACCAGGAAGAACCCAGUUGUUGAGCACAACAUGAUGUCUUUGCCUGCUUUACCUGACUAUGACCCUGUUCACUUCCUGCGAUGUCACUCCGAGGGAAAUGACCCGUCUGAUGAGGUGACAAAAGUCUGGAAGUGUGCUUUUGAACCCAGCAUUGAAGAUCCUGAGAAGACAACCAACCUGUUGGCCAGUUGUGGGGGACAGACCGUGUGUCUGACGGACUGUAACACAGGAAAGGUGAUGAAACGCUAUAAAGAUGACAACAAACACGAGUGCUUCUACACUCUGGCGUGGACCACAGUUCGUCUGGAGAACAACAAACAAGAGAAGACAAAUCUACUAGCAGUAGCAGGUCAGAGUGCAGACAUCAAGUUGAUCCACCCCUCCCAGUUUAUGAUGUAUGCCACACUUGAAGGUCACAGAAAAUAUAUCAGCUGUUUAACCUUUCACCCCAAACAGCCAACAAUUCUUUUUAGUGGAAGUAAUGACAGGAAGAUUAUUGUUUGGGACAUAGGAAUUCCUGAUAUGAGGGACUACACUGUGCUGUUCAAGAAAUUACAUGUACUCCAGGCCCCAGACACUGAUGCUCUGAACCUGGUACUGAGCAUGCCCAGUCAGACCCUGCUGGCAGGAUGUGAAGACUCCUGUUUUGGAUGGAAGGCAGACAAUGUGGACAAAUUAUCUAGGACCCCUGAUUACCAGUUUUACCUACCCACAGUGUCCAGUGAUACUGAGAGUAACGUCACUACACAGAGGGAGACAGUGGAUGGGCUUGCAGCUCUACAGAAUGGAUAUGUUGUGACAAAAUGUGUGGGAGAUGACAUCAUCAGUGUAUGGAAUGUCAAAGAUCAACUACCCUCCAAGGUCACGUCUAUCUCAGAUAAAAGCAAGGUCAAGACCAGCACAAAAUCCAUAGGGGUCAAACCAACCGCUCUACUCCACUAUACAAGACAGACUGUUGACUACAUCAACAUCGGGGCAACCAAAGAAAUGAUGGUGGUAGGAGAUGAUGAUGGUAAACUGAGACUGUACAAUGUGGGAAAGGUGACCAGCAGGAAGUCAAAGCCAUGUGAUGACAUCCUGCAGCCCUCAAGGGUUUUAGAGUGGCCUGAGAUUUCUGAUGGACCUAUGAAGCCAUUCUGUCAGAAAGAGACUGUUGUUGUGAACAGUGCCUGUGCCAGCUAUGAUAAGGAGUAUAUUGCAUGUGGGACAGACAACAAUCUGGUGUGUGUUUGGAGGAGACAGAGGGGGAGCUGUGGGGAGGAGGACAUGAACUGUGAUUGAAGGAGGGGACAAAUAGCUACAGCUGAAGGGGGUACACAGAAUGGGAGAGGACAUGAACUGUGAUUAAAGGGGAGCAAACAGCUUCAGCUACUGGAACAUAAAGACAGAAUGGGGAGUAGUGAUGUGUUGAGUUACUGUUAGGUGUAUUCAUCUACUUGGUAGAACAUGAAUUCCUUCACUUUGGGACUGAGAUUUCAGGGGUUCGAUAUAAUAUGAUUGAGGUCUUUGACUUUACUAAUGGAAACAUGCAUUUAUAAAAUUUGGCUUGGAGUCAUUUUUUGAUAGACUGUGACAUACAUGUGGGUUUUUUUUUAUCAUGUAUCAUGAAGGAUAAAAUCUUUUGAUAAAGGGAUAUAUCUUUGUACAGUUAUGAAUGAUACUUAAAUUCUUCAAACAGUUAUAUGAAUUAUGCAGGACAUUUGUCAUUCUUGUGAUUUAUCAUGAUAUUGGAGUGUUUUGAAUUAUGAAUAUAGAAUGUUUCAUAAGGGCUAUUCCAGGAAAAAAUGUAUGGGAGGGUUGGACGGCACUUCAUAUAUUUUUGUAUGGGUAGUGGGUCUGGAGCAAUUAAAUUUGUAAGGGUGGUUGUCCUCACUCGAUAUAUUUUUAGAUGGGUGGUUGUAUUUACCCUCACAAAUAAUCAAGUGCAAAGUACUUCUUUCCUCUCAUUUUGUAUAAAUCAGUGAAUACUGAUAUUU